CUGCCCCAUGGAUGUCUUCCAUGAUCUGUCUCGUCUGUCCUCGAUGUCCUGUCAGUAUUUGACCGCAGGAGGGCGCUUUGUCCGCACAGGACAGCCCUGUGCAACACUGAAACUCUUCCCCGGGUGGUUUAGAAAACAAGAGAGGCGGCUGGUGGCUGUGUUCAUGAUGUCGGGCAGAAAGCCCAGGUCUGUGGCAAACCCUCUGGAGACUGCGAUCACCACACCGAGCGAGAGGAUACUGAAAGAAUGCCACAGUUUAUAUGUCGACAGCGAAAACGGCCUGGUGAAAAUUGCCAGCAGCCUCGGAGUCCGUCUCCUGCCUCGAAAGAAGAUCAUUGUGAUGAUAAUGGGGAACCACUCUGCAGGGAAAAGCUCCUUCAUUAACUGGUAUGCUGAGGAGCACAUACAGAAAACAGGCGUCGCCAUUGAAACGCAGGGGUUUACAUUCAUCACAAGUGGUCGCAAAAGAGAAUCAUUGACGGGGAAUGCAACGCUACAUCUCUACCCUCACUUUCGACCACUCCUUGAGUUCAAAGGUGUUAUGGAUUAUCUAUCUGCUGAGAUAUCUACCUCCAAGCAGAAGAAGUUCAGUCUGGUGACAUUUGUGGACACACCGGGUUUGGUGGACGGGGACAUGGUCUACCCUUUUGACGUCAACAGCGCCAUUACCUGGUUGGGAGAACAGGCCGACUUGGUAUUUGUGUUCUUUGACCCGAUGGGCCAGGCGCUCUGCAAACGCACACUCAACAUCGUAGAGAAGCUGAGUGAGAAAUGCGGAGACAAACUGUUGUUCUACCUCAGCAAGGCAGAUGAAGCUGGCAAGGAAACAGACCGACAGAGGGUGUUGAUGCAGAUAGUCCAGGAGCUGUGUCGCCGCCCUGGUCUCAACAAAUGUGGCUUUGAGAUGCCUACAAUAUACAUCCCCAACCCACAGAGGCCGAGCCGCUGUGUGAACCAGAUUGAUGGGGUGUGUCAGACCAUCGAGAAGACCAUCAACCAGGCCGUUCAGAAGACUUUGGAUCAGCUGGAGAAAGACUGUCACCUUAUUUGUUCCACCAUCAGUAGCAGACUAGAGCAGGACAGGGCUGAUGUGACUCACAACAAAAGCGUCCGUCUUCACUCGUUCUUGUGUGGCGCUCUGGGUAUUUUCCUUCCCGCCCUCUUCAUCCUCAGUUUCAUUUUGAACACCUUCUCUAAAGAGCAGCUGGACGAACUGUUGGGUGAAGGACCGGCUCGGACGCUCUCCAUCUUUACAGGAAUAGUGAUUUAUUUAUGGGACUGGAUACCAGAAGACGGACAAGUAGUGUUUAUCAUCUUUUUUGGAGCUUUUUGCUACCUCCUGCUUUUCCUAGCAAAGUAUUUUGCAGGACGAGGGAAUAAGACUCUGACAAAGAAGGAGAAGAGGACGAUGGCCGACUACAGUGAUUAUAUCCAGGAUAUUGUCAAAACUAAGAAGGGGAAAUUGUAUGAAUGGUACCUCCAGCAGUGUGCAGCAGAAUAUGACCUCUGAGCCUGGGUAAGCUGAAGACUGUUAACACACACGUAUGUUGGCGUACUGAUUUUGUGAAAAACGGCUCAUCUGCCAUGGGGCAUCAUUUAGUGUUUAUGUUGGAAUCUGUGGGAGUUAUGAUCAUCCACCACAUGGUCUGGGUUUUCUCUUCCCAGUCGGGCAGGUGUAACCUCUAAGUGUAGCAGCUAUCAGUGCCAGUAUUUAUCAUCUCAAGAGCUUUGUUUAAAGCUCAAGUGCCUUUAUUAGUCAGUACAGGG